UCUUUGAUCUCUCCACAUAUCGUCUCUCUCUCUCUCUCUUUUUGAUCUCGCCGCUCACUGAGGAAGCGGAAGAAGCGGGGGGGUGCCGCACUCCACGCUGCUUCGGCCGCCGCUCCUCUGCACGACUCCAAUCGAUCGUAGGAAUCGCCGUGGAGAAGGCGGAGGAGAGAUCUGGAGCGGCAGACGGCCGCACGUGAUCGCUCCCUGGUUUGUUUGUAAAGAUGUACCAGUGCUGCAACUGAUGGAGAAGUUGAAAGGCCCUGUGUGAAAGGAAAUAGCAGCGGCAUCUUCUCAAGUUCGACGCCUUCCACCCUCGACCAUCCAAGAUAAGAAGUCUUCUUUGAUAGAAAAAGGAACAUGACAACUCUUGAGAGAAGUACUGGAGCACGGGGGAUUAAGUUGAUCAGAGAGCUUAAUCUUAGUUAGUGAUGACAAUAGGGCAAGUUAGUGUUGGUUGCCUUUUGGGGAGCAUUAGAGUAUCUGUGUCAAUUUCCUCAUCAGCCACAUGGUGUUACCGACUUUGAUCAGAUCCACGGCAAAAUAAACCAAUACAUUGGGGAAAUUGUGAUGUGUUGUCAUUCUUGUUUCAGCUGUAAGAAAAGAAAGCGAAAGGAAUGUCCAGAUGCUUCUGAGUCAUCAUGUCGGCAAAGGGAAUUUGCGAGCAUUGGGAUUCAGUAUCUUAUGAGAUAAACAAGUGUAGGUAUUACUUCUUGCCAUUAAUGCGUAUGGAGAUCAACCACAUCCUGGCAUAACUUCUAGAGAAUAAUUAUUUCAAUCUAUUGCAAGUGCUUCUUUGAUGGACUGGAUUCCAAAAACUCCUUUCCAGUGGGAUUGGGAAACUCUGGAGUUAUUCAGUGGAAAAGAAAGUGAAUUAUCUAAACCUGCACAAGUACCUGACUCUAAGAUUGGAGGUAGUGCACGUAUUUGCGAUGGAUCUGUAUGUUCAUCUAGUGGUGGUGCCUCCUCGGUUCUAGAAUUGGACAAUCGUUCAUCCAAGAGCUCCAUCUCAGCAUCCAUUGAUUCCUUGUCCGAGACAGGAAAGAGAAAGUCACAGUUCAACUUUGAUUCAACUGAACGAGCCCCAUAUAAUCUGAACAAGAAUAUCUUUGCAAGGGUUGAGGGAUCUGGAACAUCACCUGCAUCAGUGACUGCAGGCUACUCUAGGGAACCACUCACUGGUUUGAAGCUUGGGCGGACUUCUUUUGAAGAUGGUGGUGCAGGAAAUAACAUUGAGAACUUGUCUUCCUCAGCUUCUAUAACCUUGUCCAUUGCGUUAGUCAAGAAAUCUAAGGUGUCUCAGCAGACCUUUCAAAAUUUUUAUUGCCAGGUUGAAGGGUGUAACAUUGACCUUACAACAGCUAAAGAUUAUCACCGAAAACAUAGAGUCUGUGUAAACCACUCAAAGUCUCCCAAGGUGAUCGUAGCUGGUCAGGAGCGCCGUUUUUGUCAACAGUGCAGCAGGGAACAUCCUUAGAUGGUACUUACAAGGUUUCAUGGUUUGUCUGAGUUUGAUCAGAACAAGUGAAGUUGCCGCAGGCGUUUAUCUGAUCAUAAUGUACGUCGCAGAAAGCCACAACCAAUGACUAUCUCUUUUAGUUCUCCGAGGAUCUCUUCAUCAGAUCAUGAUGAUGGACAUCAAAUGAACCUUGUUUUUGGUCGAGCUCCUCCGAGUAAUGUGCCAGCAACUGUAAGUUCCCCAUGGGAUGACUUAGGCAGCUUCAAGCUUAUUCAACCUAAAGAAUCUUGGACAAAGUCCAAUAAAGCAGGAGGCAGUAAUGGGCUGCUGCAAUUUUCUAGCACCAGUCAAACACAUGAUAUCACCCCUUUUCAUCAUGACUUGGAUCCACUCUUGCCAUUAAAGGGCAUCGCCACUGAAGUCCUUAAUCAUAGUAGCACUUCGAAGCACUUGAAAGAUCUGGAAGCAUCUGUAUUUGCUUCUAACUUGGAUGGACCACCGGAUCUUCUCAGUGCUCUCUCUCUUCUGUCAACCAAUUCCUGGAAUCCAGUUAACCCUGGAACAAGUUCUACCAAGUAUGUCAAUACAAAGAAUGCAUUUACUACUCAUCCUGAAGUAAAUAUGAUCGAUGCAACAACAGGAUUGUUGCAAGAUGAGCAACCAUUAGCACAACCAUUGACAACGACACAACCAUUCCAUCUGCAAAACAACAAUGGUCAGUUCCAGGAAUUCCAGCGGCUCAAGGCUCCUUUCCGAGCCUCUUCCUUCGACUCAACUCGGAGACACUGAUAUCUCUGAUGGGAUGGUCGCUACACUGAGUUUAAAUCGAACUUUAGUCGGAUACCUCAGUCAUUUGUGUUAAGAAUGUCUUUUUUUUCAAUCAGUGGCUAAAGGUUUGGUAUGUUAGGUGAUACUCUUGCUGGUCAAAUGGGUCUACACUGUCCUUGUGGCUUUCUGUGCUGUCCACUGUUGUAGCAUCCAUCAACUGGUGAAUAAUUCAAGUACAGGGCUUCUUCCUCUC